AUGCUUGUGGUGGGUUUUGCUGGUGAGCUGUACAACAACCGGCGGGAUUUCGCCCCUGUGCCAUGGGACCUGGAAGCGCCUGCCACGGAAGAAGGGCCGACCGAGGCCGAACUCGCUGCCGAAACGGCAGCGAUCGAGGCCGUGAUCAACGAGUGGUCCACGGAGAGGGCGCCGGCAGCAGCCAGGGGAGACGGCGACGGGACCUCUGGAAAGGUGGACGAGGUGCUCACCACCAUCAAGUGUACCUUGAACGCCUUUCGUGGCCUGCCAAAGCCGCCAAGGGGGAGGAGCUCGCAGGAUCCGCUGCGGCCGACCCUGGACAACAUCGUCUACACCAUGGCGGUGACGACCAUCUUGGGCGGCCUCCUCGCGGAGCUCCACGUUUUACGAGUCGUGGAGGAGUUUGAGCGGCGAAAGGCAGCCAAGUGCGCAGACGCCGACAAGGUGCUGCACCCCCUUAAUAACACAUUCUUUUGCAGAUGUCUGAGGGCAGUGUCGGGGCUGCGCCCGGAGCCCGACAAAAAGGGGUCAGAGGAGACUCGGGAGGCUUUCCCCUUCCUCCUGGAGACCGCGGCCAUCUUCCGGCGGACGUGCGAGGAGGCAGUCGGCUCCUACCAGCCCCCAGACCUGGAGCACCUGCAUUACUUCAUGGAUGAGGCAGCGCGCGACAUGGAGACGGUGACCAAGACCUACUACAAGCGCGAGUUUUUCAGGCGCCUGAAGCAGAACGCGCAGCUGGAGCUGGGCUGCAGCGCGCGGCGGGCGUACAGCUGUGCCCGCGCCGUCCUGGCCGUCGAGUUUGUGCUGGCGCGGCUCAACCUGGAGGGGUGCAGGUUACCCCCCGGAAAGGAGGCGGCCAUCAGGGCCUGCCUCCUCGCCAAGCAAAAGUGGCACAAGAAGAAAAAGGCCCUGUGCGUCCACAUCGGCUGGGCGUUCUUCGCCCGCCUCUUCGACUACCGGCGCUUCGAGCACGGCCGCUGGACUUCCGGGGGGCACUGGCGUACCAACGGGUACACCGUCGCCGUCACCCUGCAGCGACCCAGAGACCCUCCCCGGCCCGGCGACCCCCCGCCCCCCCCUCCCAAGGAGGCAAAGGCGGGCAAGCGCAACAACGCUGGGGCGUCCAAGGGCGCCCUUCAUCAUCAGAGCCGAGAGAUUGCCAACGAGCACUACCGACAUGGACUACCCCUCACGGAAGCCGAGAUCCACAUGGUCGUCGGCAUGGACCCUGGGCGGGUGGCCAUGUUUACUGCCGUUGACGAGCACGGGAACUCGACCGCCUGCGGCGCCAAGGAGUUUUACGCCAUGGCGCAGCACAGGCAGCACGAGAAGACCAUCUCGGGGUGGCUGGACAAGGCCCCUCCCUGCGUGCAGAACCUCCGCAAGUGCCCAACCUUCAAGACGGCCAGCAUAGAGGCGCUGCUGCGGCGAGUGAAAGCAGUGGUGCAAAACCUGCAAGAGGGCCUCGCGUGGAUGUUCAAGAAACCCUUCAGGAAGCUGCGGCACCGCGCGCAUCUCCGGCGCGAGUGGGCCAUCAACAGGCUGGCGGAGCAGUUCCGCGCCCCACCCGGCAUGACGACCGUCGUCGGCGCCGGCAACUGGUCGGCGCAGGACCGGGGCGGAGUGAUGCGGGGCCAUCCGCCCGGGCCCUGGAUGCGGUUCCUGAAGCGCCUGCGGCGGGUGUGCACGGUGGUGGUGGUGGACGAGUUCAGGUCGAGCAAGCUGUGCUGCGCCUGCCACACCGCCCUGCACGCCCACCAGUACCGGCGGGUGCACCGCGGAGUGCUGGAGACGGGGGACGUCUGGGGGACCAAGCGCUGCGCCAACAGGGCCUGCGCGGCCAACGUCGCGAACCGCGACGUCAACGCGGCGGUGAACAUGCUCAUGCUGGUCAAGCUCUUCCUGGCCGGCCUGCCGCGACCCACGGCCUUCGGAGGGCCGCCUCCUCUUACCGCUCCCACAAACGGUUGGCCAACCAACUACACCAAUUGCGCAUGA